UACGUUGCUCGUUGCUGCUGCACACACACACACACACACAUAUAUAUAUACACGUAUACAUACAUAAAAUUGUGGCAUAUAUUUCACAGACGUGAAUUUCAUCCACCAUAAAGAAGACACCACGACUCUACCCACCUUCAUACCAAUCUUUUCUUUUUCUUCUGAAGCAGGCUAAUUCUGAUGGACAAAAGUAGCGUCGCCGCCGCGCCGGAGAAGGAGAAAAAGGCGGCGGAUCGAGCGGUCAAUAAUCAUAAUCACCAUCGGAAAAUUUGGGACUGUGGCAGUUCGCUGUACGACUCGUUUGAGCUGAAAGCUUUGGAGAAACAGCUGGAUUCUGCCAUUUCUUCGCGAUCUCUUUCGAUGCCUCAUUUGUCGUCGGGGAUUCCGCGGCCGGCGGCGCAGAAGAAGCCGGCGUCGUCGAGGAUAUCGAGGUCUUUCCAGCGGCUCAUCCGCGCGGUUUUCCGGCCUAAACACGGCGGCGCCGGCAGUAACUACGGCAGUGGAGGUGGAUUCUACGGGUUCUACGACGGGUCGGGUGCACUGUCAACGAUUCCCGAAGGUACGGAGUUCGGUGGGCUGUCGCCGGAGAUGAGGUCUCUGGUGACACGGACGGCGUCGGAGAGGUUCACGGCGGCGACCAGCGUCGGUAUUUCUUGUUCCUGAUGAUGGGUCGAUGGAUGGAAGAUGACUAAUCUACUAUAUGUUAUAAAUUAUAAUUACAUAUAUAAUUAGUUAAUUAAUUAAUUGUUGUACAGUUAAUCGGGACGAUAUUCAGUAGUCCCUUCCCUUGUUGUUGCUGUAAUAUGUAGCCAGCUUUAGGUGCA